CAUCUCGGAGCGGACAGCGGAGAUCCCGGACGUGUUCAAACGAGCUUCAAAGUUUGAGUCGCGAGAGUCGCGAGUACGAGUGAAAAGAAGGGAGAGAAGAGAAGAAAGAGUUUCUUGCGGUGUGAAGGUUUCCGCUUUAGAGUGAGUGAGACCGAUUGCCGAGGGAAAGAGACAAGAGUUCUUCAUGAGUCUGGUUUUUUCGCGAGAGUUCUGAGAGAUAAUUCCUCGCUUAUCUACUUAUUGGCAUUUGAAUGAGUGGAUUUUGCGCAACUUUGCACCGGGAGUGCAAAGAGCAAACACUAAAAAAAUACAAAAAAUACUGUGUCAUCAAAAACAAAUGAGAAUAUCACAACGACGACGCUGAGCCCAAUUGUCUUUAAAGGAUUUCUUCGUUGACACAGUUGUCUUCUGCUAACUUAGGCAAAGCAGUUUUACAUAAAAGUUUUGAUAAAGAGAAGGGGGAAGGGGAGAGAUAAAAAGAAAUCUAACCUAUGAUAUUGUGAUUUUAAACAAUGAAACACGAGAAGAGGAGGACUAGAAAUGUGCCAAGUGCACCUUCAAAGUCGAGAGAUAUGGCAAUCCUAUGGUCAGAUAUAGCUGGUCGCAUUUUAGUAAAUGCGAUCUCUCAUCCUAUUGAAUAUGCGAAGGUUCUUAUACAGAUUGGGCAUGAACCUAUUCCACCCAAACCAACUGUAUCUCUGCUUGGAAAGCCAGCGUUGAAACUACCCAAUGUCUUCACAUAUAUUAAACAUAUAAAGAGCGUAGAUGGCUUCACAGGUUGCUACAGAGGUUUAGUGCCCAAAAUGUGUUCCUAUACGAUUAGCACAAUAGUGUAUGACAAAGCUCUGGAAUAUCUGCAGUCAAACUCGGUAAACCAGAACGAAGAUGAGGACGAUGAGGAUGAAAGUGUGAAACGUAAAAGAUGCAUGAAUGAAAUCAUCAGAGAUGUAAUCAGUAAAACAAUCGCAAUUACAGUUACUCAUCCUCUUGAGGUUAUUUCGCUAAGGAUGAUGGCACAAUUUGUAGGUGGAGAAACAAGAUAUAGUAGUUUAUUCGGCUCGUUCCUGGAGAUUUACAGGGAGAACGGAAUCCUAGGAUAUUACGCGGGAUUAAUACCGCGCGUUAUAGGAAUUGCCUCAGUUACAAUUCUAACUGGCAUUGCCACAUAUGCCAUCAAUAAUUAUGUCAUACAAGAGCCAGCGAUAAAACCGCACAUUGCUUCAACCAUGAAAUUUGUAGUUACGACUGUUAUGUAUCCGUUCCUAGUGGUGUCACACUGCAUGGCAGUAAAUGAUUGUGGAUUAGUAGCUGGUCUCCCACCACACAUGCCGAUCUAUCAUAACUGGUUGCAUUGCUGGUCCCAUCUGUCAUCUCAUAAUCAGCUAAAGAGAGGUAGCAGCCUGUUAUGGCGUUACUACACCGGGCCGCAAGAGUUGUUGAAUGGCAAGCUGAUACCGAUUAUGAGCGAUAAUUUCUAUCAGCCCAGUUCUUAAUCAGCGCCAAGAACUAAAAUGAAAUAACUGCAAAUAAGAGUACAUGAUAAAGAGAUAAUCAUGGACACAAUAUGAAUAAACGUAGCAUUGUCUAUCUUUUCCUAAAACAUUAAACCAACGAAUAAUGGUAUUGUGACAAUAUAAAAAGAAUGCGGAAGUAUACUAUCUUUUUGUGUAAAUUGUCUCUGACAAGAAGAUAAGGCAAGUUAUGUAUCAUUAAUUAUAGAUUGAUGGUAAUAAUUAUCCUGAAAAAAGUUUAAUAAUAGUUACUAAAUGUUGAGUGAAAUAUUUUUACUUUUUUAAAUAUUUAGUAAGUACUAUACAAAAAGCGAUAGAAUCUACGAAUGAAACCAGUGAUGACAAUGAAAAUUAGACAAAUAAAUUCUUUUUUUUUUCCCCCCAAUAAAUAGGUAAUAUAUAAAUACACUGAGAAAAUUGCCUAAAAGAUACAUUUAUUUUUUUGAACGGAUAAUUUAUUUCCGCACAUUUCCGAUAACUUUACUCUUAAUGAAUCGUAAUUAGAUUUUGUAUUAAUAUUUAAAUACUUAAUUUAAAUACUCGUAAAUAUCCGUUCG